AUGCCUGCAAAAAGUGUUAAAAGUAAAGAAGAAAACUCAAAAGUAAUAUUCAAAUUAUUCGAUGUCGAUAAUACUGGUAAAAUAUCGCUUAAAAAUUUGAAAAAUAUAGCAAAAGAACUUGGAGUCACUUUAUCAGAUGAAGAAUUAAAGGAAAUGUUUGCUGCAACAGAUCUUGAUGGAGAUGGUAGCAUAAACGAACAAGAAUUUAUGAAUUUAAUGAAAAAAAAUUUAGUAUUAAAUAUGGGAACAAAAUUUGAUAAAAUCAAUACUGACGAAAGUCAACCACAAAAAGUCCGGUCAAAACAAAAAACUAUACGUAAUAGUCAAGAUGAAAUUUUACAAGUUUCUCAUACAAAUAAUUUAUAUCAAUUCAUGUGGUCAUCAAAUUCUGUUCAAGAUGUAAAUAAAAGUUAUAACGAUCAUUCUACUUCUCAUCCUGAUUCUGAACAUGUUGAAAAUAAAUCACAAUCAUGGGAUAAAAAACUUGUACCAUUUUCUAUGACACUAACAGACCAUGAUGAACUAAUGCAAAAAACGUCAAAAAAAGACGCAAAAGUUCAGUUUACUGCGCAACAUGAUUCAGAAAUACAUGAUAAACUCAAGACAAAGAAUCAACAUCCAUUAAUGCAACCUAUAAAAAAAUCGAUCUCCACAGAAAAUGUGGUAGCAAACCAAACUUUUCAACAUCAGCAUCAAUUUCCACAACAACCGUCAGCUCUCAAAACUGACAUAGCAAUACCAUCUCAAUUAUUGAUAGAAAAGUCAAAUGAACAAAAAAGACGUUUGGUGGUUAAAAAACCAUGCGUCAUUGAUCGACCAAAAGCUGUUUAUGUUGAUAUCGACCAUCGUGCUACAAUCGAAAGAAACAUUUUGGAUACAAAACCGAUGAAAACAUCUCAAACAAACAAAAGUGUUGAUGAUUCAAAAUUACCUUCUAAUCAUCAGCAUAAACAUCAUACAAAAACAAAAUUAGACACAACUGGAAAAUCAACUGAACAAUUGCAAACAAAAAUUGAACAUCCAAAACGAAAUUAUUUAUCUAAUAGUUUAUCAUUAAUUAUAGAUGAACCACAUCUAUCAAAACAACGUAAUUUAACUGAAUCGCGACCUCAACGAAACGAUCCAUCUCAGAAAAAUCAAACUAGUCAUUCUAGACGAGUAACAAUAGAUAAAACAGAUAAUAAACAAAUAUCAAAAACACGAACAGAUGUGUCGACCACCUCUGAUGGUAUGAAGAUAAAAAAUACGACUAAAAGUGAGGUUAAUCAUGGAACCAAGAAUCAAAUACGUAAAAUAAGAAAAGAAAAAUAG